AUGGGCAUAAUUUUGCUGUUCGCCGGAGUCCGAACUUCGAAGGCUCAAGGUCAACAAUUAAAUCAGUAUUGCAGUUUUACAAUUUUUUUAGAGACAUCUCUUGUUAGGCUAAACUUUAAGAAUUUUCACAAGAUAAUCAAGAAAAUUAGAAUGUCUGAUACUAGGAAGUAUCUAUCAGGACAUGAUAAGCGGAAAAAAAGAAAAAGAGUUGAAGAAUUUAUUGAGUCUCAAAGAGGGGCAAUUGACAAAUUUAUUAUCAAAGAAUCGAAAAAUUCAUCACUUGAAGAUUUGGUUAAUGAAGAAAAACAAGAAAACAAUGAUAAUGAAUUACAUGAAGGCUUAGCCAUUGAAAAUGAUAUAGAGGGAGAUGUGAAUGAGAUUGAAGACAAUGAAGGUGGUGAUGACUUAGACUUUAAAAAUAAUUAUUCUGAAAGUGAUAAUGAUGCUAUUAAUGAAGUGAAUGAAGAACCAAGUUCAUCAAUUCCACUUGACAUUUUUGAUCCUAAAAAUUGGGAGAAUUUAGAUCCCAAGUGGAAGGAUCAAUUAAUGGAAAAGGGCCCUAUAAGAGAUGUAUUAACAGGGAAAGGUCCCAAAGAUAAAUCAAAUAGACGAUUCUCUUCAGAUUUCUAUACUCGGAUUUUGCUAAAUGGUCAAAAGCACCAUAGAGAUAAAGCAUUUUAUUUUUGUUGCAAGUUGUUCAAAAGGGGGCCUCAACCAAGUCAACUAGAAAAUGAGGGAUACUGUGAUUGGGGGCAUCUUAGUAGCAGACUUAAAGAACAUGAGACAAGUAUUGAGCAUAUCAAUUAUUAUGUUAGUUGGUCUGAGUUGCGUAUCAGGUUAAUGAAGGGUACAACAAUUGAUCAUGCUAUUCAAGAUCAAAUCAAGAAGGCAAAAGAGCAUUGGAGGAAGGUAUUACAUCGAUUAAUUUCACUUGUGAAAUUUUUGGCUAAACAAAAUAUAGCAUUUCGUGGUAGUAAUGAGAAACUUUAUAAUGAUAACAAUGUAAAUUUUAUGGCUGCUGUUGAGAUGAUUGCUGAGUGGGACUCACUGAUGAGGGAACAUAUUGAAAGAAAUACACAUCAUCAUUAUCUUAGCCACAAAAUUCAGAAUGAAUUGAUAUGCUUGUUAGCUUCUCAAAUAAAGAGUUCUAUUCUUGAAAUCAUUAAAAAAGCUAAGUUCUUUUCUGUAAUACUUGAUUGCACUCCUGAUGUUAGUAACCAAGAGCAAAUGACUUUAGUUAUAAGAUGUGUUGAUGUUUCUACAAGCCCAAUGAAAGUAGAAGAAUACUUUUUGGGAUUUUUAAAAGUAGAUGAUACAACAGGACAAGGCUUGUUUGAAGAACUCCAAAAUGUGUUGAAGAGUUUUGAUCUUGAUAUUGAUAAUGUGAGAGGACAGGGAUAUGAUAAUGGGGCAAAUAUGAAAGGGAGGCACCAAGGCGUACAAAAAAAAUUGUUGGAUAUAAAUCCCAAGGCAUUGUAUACUCCAUGUGGUUGUCAUUGUUUGAAUUUAACACUUUGUGAUAUUGCAAAUUCCUGUGGAAAAGCGAAAGACUUUUUUGGAGUAGUACAACGGAUUUAUACAAUAUUUUCUCAUUCUACAAAGAGAUGGAAGAUUUUGAUAGAUCAUGUAACGGUAAAAGGUUUAACUCUCAAGCCAUUGUCAAUCACUCGAUGGGAAAGUCGUACUGAAAGUGUAAAAGCAGUGGUACUUCAAGCUCAACAAAUCAGAGAAGCUUUACUUCAAGUUGCAGAAGAAAAAGACACUGACUCUAAAAUAAGAAGUGAAGCUAAGUCUUUAGCAACAUUUGAACUUGGAAAUUUUGAGUUUUUAGUGGGUAUGAUUAUUUGGUAUGAGAUAUUGGGUAAGGUUAAUAUUGUUAGCAAAAGCUUACAAUAUGAAAACAUGCUUAUUGACGUUGCUAUGACCAAGAUUAAGGGGUUAAUUGCUUCUUUUGAAGAGUAUAGAGAAUCUGAAUUUGGACAAGCUAUCAAUACAUCAAAAGAACUUGCUUCAACAAUGGAGAUUGAUCCCGUUUUUCCUGAAAAAGACAAAUAUAUAGAAAAAGACAUUUUGAUGAGGUUACAUAUGAGUCUUUGA